AUGGAUCCAAAUGUUGAAAAUGGAGACAUGCAGGGAGAUAAGGUGUUGGGUUGGGGAAAAUCAUUGCCGGUACCGAGUGUCCAAGAAAUAGUGAGAAAAGAUUCUCAGUGUGUCCCUGAAAGAUACAUACAGGAACACAGAGACAGACCAGUAGAAACUGAAAUUUGUACAGGUUCAUCCGAGAUACCAGUCAUAAAUUUCUCCUUGCUAGUCAAUGGAGACGAGGAUGAACGGAGGAAGCUAGAUCUUGCCUGCAAGGAGUGGGGUUUCUUUCAGAUAACAAAUCAUGAUGUGUCAGAAGAGGUGAUAAAGCAAAUGAAGGCCGCUGUGGCAGCAUUUUUUGAAUUUCCAUUGGAAGAGAAAAGAAAUUAUGCAAUGGCGGCUAAUGAUAUUCAUGGAUAUGGCCAAGGCUAUGUAGUUUCUGAGCAUCAAAAACUCGACUGGUGUGACUUGAUGUUCCUGGUGACAUCACCCCCAAAAUACAAGAAAAUGAAAUACUGGCCGGUUACGAUACCAGGUUUCAAGGAGGCAGUCGAACAGUACUCAGCAGAAAUUCUUAAGCUGACUGAGGACAUCUUUGCCAACAUAUCAUUGUUAAUGGGAAUGGACAAAGAUGCUCUAAAACGGUUGCAUGGGGAGAUGAUGAAGCAAGGAAUACGAAUGAACUAUUAUCCAACCUGCUCGAGGCCUGAACUUGUGCUUGGAGUUGGUCCGCAUUCUGAUGCGAGCUCCAUAACCUUUCUUCUCCAGGAUGAUGAUAUCACUGGUCUCCAGACAAGGCACGAGGAAGGAUGGGUUCCUGUGAAACCAAUUCCAAAUGCCAUAGUAGUGAAUAUUGGUGAUGUUAUUGAGAGUUGGAGCAAUGGAGUAUACAAAAGCAUUGAGCACAGGGCGGUGACGAGUGUGACAGCGGCAAGAAUGUCCAUUGCAACAUUUGUAAUUCCGGAUGAUGACGCGGAACUAGGUCCAGUUGAGACAAUGGCGGAUGAUUAUAAUCGCCCUAAAAUGUAUAAAGCGAUUAAGUAUGUUGACUACCUUAGACAUACUUUGUCAAAGAAAAUGGAUGGAAAAGCCAACACCGAACUUCUCAAAGUCGAGAGAGAAAGCAACUGA